GGGGGGCUGGAUGAUUUGGAACAACUGACGUGGUUGUGGUUAACAAGCAGUGGAUGCCACAUGUAUGUGUGUACACGUAGAAUAGUGAGUUUUAACAUACACAACACUAAGCACAAGUGCAAUCAUGUUGAAUGUUUGAUGGGAAAUAAGAGAAGGAUAGGGUCAAGACGAUUGACAGCUCAACUUCAGUACUCAGGACUCAGUAUUGGUGAAGAAUCAUUAAAAAUAUUUCGUUGGUUCAUUACGAAUAAUUAGUGAAAAUGGUGUUAUUUACAAUGAUUGCGAGAAUAGCAGAUGGGCUACCACUAGCAGCUACCAUGCAGGAGGAUGAGCAGAGUGGAAAGAGCAUCCUUGAAUAUCAGAAUCAGGCAAAGAUGUUGUUCAGGAAGCUGGGUCCCCAGUCACCGGUUAGGUGUACUAUCGAAACAGGGCCUUAUCUUUUUCACUACCUGAUAGAGAACGACGUGUGUUAUCUAGUCCUCUGUGAGAGAAACUGGAGCAAACGGUUAGCUUACAGUUACCUUGAGGAUAUCGCCCAGGAAUUCCACGCACAAUAUGGAAAACGUGUUAAUACUGUCACUCGUCCUUAUACUUUCAUUGAGUUCGAUACAUAUAUUCAAAAAGCGAAAAAAUCCUACUCUGAUGGACGAUCGAGACGAAACAUGAAUGCUUUAAAUAGUCAGCUGCAGGAUGUCCAGAGAAUUAUGGUUCAAAAUAUUGAUGAUGUGUUGCAGAGGGGGACAGUCUUGUCAGAACUCGACACAAAGACCCAAAAUCUGUCAAUGCUUUCACAAAAAUACAAAAAGAAUGCAACCUAUUUAAACAGCAAAUCAAUGUAUGUUAAAGCUGUAGCUGGAUUAAUUGCAUUUCUCGUUUUCCUCUUGUAUUUCUUCAUUCUCUAGUCUCUUGUACCACUUGAGAAACUGAAUAAUUGGUAUGUUUAUAUUAUUAUUAAACAGAGAUAUUGAAGAUACUUGUGCUGUGUGAUGAGUGGGUGAUGGAUGAUUUAUAAAUUUUGCGAUAGCAAAUCAUUAAUUAAUAGUAAAGAAUUAAUUGUAUUUAGAGUUGAAGAUGGUUUUGUGAGCGGUUAUCAAUAAGAAAAUGUUUUAAUGAAUAAAAAUAAUGGAUAUAUAUAUAA